AUGCGUGUGCUCCAGGUGGUACUUCAAGGCAUCGGUAUCGCGGCAGUAGCUCAUGCUCACUUUGCGCUCCGACUUUUAUCAGGACCAUCUCCAAAAACUGCUGGUGAUCACGUAUGGCUUCACCCAUAUCUUCUCAUAUCGAAUCUACGGCAUACUUACGCGAAGUUUCUUCCUCCCAGCACCUGUCCUCAGGAUCUCAAGUAG